AUGGUGGAAUUGGAACCACGUGCUUUUAGUGCACCAGGUAAGGCCCUUCUAAUUGGUGGGUACUUAGUUUUAAAUCCACAAUAUAAGGCAUUUGUUCUGGCACUUUCUGCUAGAAUGCAUGCUGUUGUUAAAGCCUCUUCUAGAUCAGAUAUUUCGGGCGUUUAUUUAAAUGUGAAAAGUUCCCAAUUUAAUAACAAUCAAUGGAACUAUAAAGUGUCUAGAGAUAAUGGUUACGUUCCUUUAGAAAUUAAUGAUUUAACCAAUCCAUUUGUUGAACAAGUUGUUUUUAAUGCUUUCAAUUACUUUGCACCAGAAAAUUUAAAGUUUAAUUACAUUGAAAUUGAGAUCUUUUCUGAUCCUGCUUAUCAUUCGUCUGAGGGCAGUAAACGUAAAGUAAAUCAAUUUAAAUCCUUCAAUUUCCAUGAAAAGGAUAUCGAUGAAGUUAAUAAAACCGGAUUAGGAUCCUCUGCAGGAUUAGUCACAGUAUUAACAACUGCUUUAUGCUAUGUUUUAAUGAAUGGGAAUAGUUUAGAUAUUUCAAAUCCUAAUCAUUUGAAAAUGAUACAUAAUUUAGCACAAGUGGCUCAUUGUCAAGCACAAGGAAAGAUUGGAAGUGGUUUCGAUGUGGCUGCUGCCACUUAUGGAUCUAUUAUUUAUCAAAGAUUUGAGCCAGCUAUCAUUGCAGACUUACCUGUGAUGGAUAUUAAAGAUAUUAAUAAGUAUCAUGUCGCUUUGAAAACUUUAAUCGAUAAUUUGGAUUGGAACAUUACUUGUGAGCCUGUAAAACUACCACCACGAUUAAAAGUUAUUAUGGGUGACGUUCAUAGUGGUUCAAAGACUGUUAAAUUAGUAAGUACUGUACAGAAAUGGUAUGCCGAAAAUUUACCAAGAAGUCAUGAAAUUUAUGAAGAGAUCAAUUUUAAUAACACUGUUGCGGUUAAUACUUUAAUUAAGUUAUACCAUAUAAGUGAAGAAAGGCCUGAUUAUUAUAAUAAGAUGAUUGAUGGUUUAAACAAUGAUAAGAACGAUGAUCCUGAUAUCAAAGUGUUGGCGGAAUCGAUAGAAAUGAUUAGAGAGUUAUUUAGAACUAUUACACAAGAGUCAGGUGCUGCUAUUGAACCAUUAGAACAGACAGAAUUAUUGAACGCAUGUUUAGGUCUCAGAGGUGUGAUUGGUGGUGUAGUUCCUGGUGCUGGUGGGCAUGAUGCUAUCUCUUUAGUUAUGACUGAAGAAACAAAUAUUAAGAAAAUUACUGCUGGUAAUCCAUCUUUUAAGAAUGUCACUUGGAUGGAUGUUACACAAGAACAGGUUGGGUUAAAGGAAGAGAAUGCAGAAUAUUAUAAAGACCUUGAAUCAGAUGAAGACAGAUAG